AUGGAUGAGGCAAGCCUUGUCAAUAGCCUCUCGCAGAGGCUUUCAGAGCUCGAGGACAAGGUUCACACCUUUCGCCACGAAAUGGCUGCUGAUUUCCUGCGCUACUACCAUGAGCUGCUCCGAGACACGCAACCUGACAUUGCUUCUAAUGUUGCCCAGUCCCUUGCCAAGUCACUGCCUAAACACCCAGACCUCAGCUCUGCUCUCAACAUUCUGGACCUGGAUCUGGGUCUUGACUCACGAACACUCACCCAACGCCACCUUUCCCCGCCGGCCACUGUCGCUACCUCCGGAUCGGGAGCCGCAGAGCCUCCAGGCAGCCCCCACGAUCGACAUCACGACGAAUUGCUCUUUUAUCUCCCCUUGCUAGAGGGCUCUCCUCCUAGGCAGCAAAUCUCUCCUCCUCUCACAAACAACCACACACACCUCGACAUGUUGUUGCCUGAGCCAAGUAUCCAGGUAGAGGAGAAGAAAGGCGCAGCAACCGGACACGAACGGGAACAGAAACAGAAACAACAAACCCAACCUGGCAUUGAUCAAUUGGAGAAUGCCCUUUCGACACUGCCUCAAUCGCCUGGGCGACCAGGACAUGUUCGUCGUUCUACCAAUGACACAGUCUCAUCAAGCCAUUCAGAUCGAAGCGAGUCGAAAACACCACGGAGCGCCUUAAGACGCUCUUCGAGCGGAUCUAAACCCCCACAAAGUCCGAGACGUGUGCGCUUUGAUGUCAUGGGUGCAGAAGUCCUACCCACUGCGUCACCACAACCCACCGAUUCCAUGAUUCCUGCCGCAGCUCCCACUCUAUCUGUCGACCAGGCACGCACGGAUUCCAUGCUUGAUGACGAUCUAGAGGAUCUACCACCGCCCCGCAAGAUCUCUUCUUCAGAAGCAUUAAGAGCACUAUCCAGAGAACCUCUGGAAGAAGGCAUUUGGACCGAGGUGAACUCGAAUCCCGAUCAAACCGCCAGCGAGGAGAGUGAAACACCUGCACUUGAUUUCAAUUCACCGACAGAAAGGCAAAGCAACCCAAUGAUAUUUGCGCCAGAGCCUCCCUCGUCGCGACACGUGCCCGAAUCUGUUCGGAUAGAGCGCACUUUAGGAAGCGUAAGUGAGGAGCCGGACGAGGAUGAUGAGUCGUCGGAUGAUGACUUCCUCUCGAUGGCAAAACGAAAACCCCUCAAUAAAAAGGCCCCUGCAUCGCCAUCUUUGAACAGAAUUCCCGAGGAGUGCCAAUCAAUCGAACCUAUUGCAAGUGCAAUUUCAUCAGCUGAGGCAUCAAGUUCGAGUACCAAGAAGGAAUCGGGAGUUGCCAAUAAUUUGGAAGAGGAUAUGGAGGAGGAAGACGAAAUGUUUCAUUUCGAGGAUAGUGAGGAGACGUCUGCAUCACCGAAGCCGAACCCGAACCCAAAAUCUCUCGUGUCCGAAGAGGAAGAGGAAACUGAAGUCGACUUGCCAGAUGUGCCCGAGUCUGAGCAAUCUCUGUAUGCAACUUCCCCUGCAGUGCAUAUAACCAAACGGCCUAGCACGUCGGUUCCAACAACGCCGACCGUCGCCCGAUUUCAGGCUGGCUCUGUGGGUUCAUACAAGGGACGUCCAGUCAUCAUGCCUGUGGUUCGCAACCCUGAAGUACACGCUCAAGCUGCCUCGCUAGGGCAUUUCAAUACGUUUGUAGGAGGUCUGGACGGACGCAGUGGAAUGGAUGAGGCGGACAUCAGCAGUUUCCGUGCGAGUGUUGCCAACACUGUCUUCUCCGGCACCCCACGUAGUUUCACAGAACGUCUAAUGAUGGAGGAGGCGCAAAAGGCGCGGGCGGGCAGUUCAAAGCUGAACUGA